AUGAUUCUCAUUAUGUACUGCCAGCAGCCCAUUGUACUGACUGUGGCAGCUACUGAAAAAACAAACUCUACCGGUAUUGCGGAUACCGUUGUGGUCAAUAAUGCACAAACAGUCCAGGCAGACGAGGCGUCGGCAUCCGCAGUCACAGGGGAGCAGCCGGCCAAGUCCCCGCCGGAGGAGAGGCGAUGGGAAGCCACCGAAGUAGAGGGGGAGACUCCGGAUGAGGCUCCGGACCACAGUCCAGCCUUCUCCGUCAGCGAAACCACGGACACAUCGUCCACGCAGCAUCCUACAGACGAUUUCCAGGAAGAAUUGGUCAUUAGACCGCUUCACUCCGGUGAUAUUUCCGCCAGCUUCCAGUUUCGCACCCUGUGGGACACAGACUUCAUGGGAGGCAAAAAAGUAUCCCACUACCGGCUGUUUCCCAAGUGUCUUGGCCAGGUGAUAUCCAAGUUCUCAGUGCGAGAACUCCACAUUUCCUUCACCCAAGGCUAUUGGAGAACCAUGCAGUGGGGGCAGCCCUUCCUGCCCUCGCCCCCAGGGGCUGAGCUGUGGGUCUGGUUCCAGGACACUGUAACGGACGUGGAUGGUGCAUGGAAGGAGCUCACUAAUGUUUUGUCAGGGAUCUUCUGUGCGUCUUUGAACUUCAUUGACUCCACCAACACCGUUCAGCCUAGUGCCUCCUUCAAACCAUUGGGUGUUGGCAAUGUGACAGAUCACCGCUUCCUUCGCUAUGCAACUCUGCCACGUGAGAUCGUCUGCACUGAAAAUCUGACCCCAUGGAAGAAACUCCUGCCAUGUGGCUCCAAGGCUGGUCUGGCUGUGCUGAUGAAGUCUGAGAAACUCUUCCACAGUAGUUUCCACUCCCAGGCAAUGCACAUCAGACCUGUGUGUCAGGACUGGCAGUGCAAAGCCACGUCUUGGGAGCUGAGGCAGACGCUGAAUGUGGUCUUCGACUGGCACACCUCUGGACAGGGCAAACGAGACUGGUCCCUGUUUAAGAUGUUCUCCCGGACCCUGACUGAGGCCUGCCCACUGGCCUCCUCCAGUAAAGUCUACAUCGACAUCACAGACAAUCCUCAGGGGAAGCAGUUCGAGCUGAGUCCAGCCACUCCUCUGCUGAGCCAAGCGGUGGUGCUGGGGGACAGGAGGACCUAUUCAGUCUACGACCUGACUCAGCAGGCCACCUUUGGCACCAUGCGCACCCUCAACAUGCUGCUGCGCUGGAAAUCCAGUGAAGGGGACAUGCUGCGGCCUCUCCUCCAUGGAGAGCGCUACGUGGCUGGUUUCGGGCUGCAGACUGGAGAGAUCCACACUCUGAUGUACAACAACCACCCCUACAGGGCCUUUCCCGUGCUGCUGCUGGACAUUGUGCCAUGGUACCUGCGCCUCUACAUCCACACACUCACUGUCAUCAGCAAGGGGAAGGACAACAAGCCCAGCUACAUCCACUACCAGCCAUCUAAAGACCGUGUGAGACCCCAUCUGUUGGAAAUGCUGGUUCAGCUUCCCCCCAACUCUGUCACUGAGGUCACCGUUGAAUUUGAGAGAGCACUGCUGAAAUGGACAGAAUACACCCCUGACCCCAACCAUGGAUUUUAUGUUGGGUCAUCUGUUAUCAGCGCGUUGGUACCCAGUGUUGUUGCUAUGGAUACAAACAGCACCCAGGAACGACCACUUUUCAGCAGCUUUUUCCCCUGUAAGGAGGAGUCCAAUUACUUUGUACGCAUUUACACGGAGCCUCUGCUGGUCAACCUGCCCACCCCAGAUUUCAGCAUGCCCUACAACGUCAUCUGCCUCACCUGCACCGUGGUGGCCGUGGGCUACGGCUCCCUCUACAACCUGCUGACCCGGACCUUCCAGGUGGAGGAGCCCAGCCCGGGACUCGCCAAACGAAUAGCCAACGUUAUCCGCAGAUUGAGAGGAGUACCACUGCUCUGAGCCACCUCAGAACUUGAUGCUAGUUUUUUAUUUUUGUUGUCGUUGUUGUUUGUUUGUUUUUUUAUUCUAACCAAGCCGCAGGUAAGAUAUGUGAUAUAUUCAGGGAAGAAUUGGUUCGGGUACUGGGAUGGGGAUAUUUUUUAAAACUGUCAACUUGAAGCUUCUGCUUUUAAGAAAGGAGAAAAAGUGAAGCUUCCUCUGAACUGUGAUGGCAUCACUGCAUUUUUCCUGCAAUGAGUAACGAGCAGCAAAAUGCGAACAUUUGUCUGCCACUGCUGAAGCUGGAUGGAGAAAGUUAAGUAGAAGGAACCAAAGCAGUGCUCUUGUUGCAUUAUAAGGACU